AUGGCUAGCAAUACUCGCCGGCGCAUCAUAUUGCCGGACCCCUCAGCAGAUGAACGUCGCCCUUUACUGAGUAGGCUCAGUACUGGCGGCCCCACGAACCGCGAGGCCCUGUAUAGUUGCAUGACAGACCCCCAUAGCCAUUUGCCCGUGUAUACCAACAUUCACCGUAUCCGUCGCGAUAUCAUCAGCGUUGUUGAGGAUUAUCUGAGCCUCGCCCAGCUGCAGGACCUGAGAAUUAAUGUUACAGUUGUCCGGCCCUUGGUUGAUAAGUUCUAUGGCCUCAACGACAUUUCCAUCAUAUACUGCUUGCUGGUCAAUCGUGCACAGUUCCUGGAUGAGCAGUCUCAUUUGAACAACCGCCACAAUGUUAACUUCACUCGUGCUACUCUGUGUGAGCUCAUCGCUACGCGCAUCCUGCGACGCUUUGGUGAAAUGCAUGACGACGGCCAUGAUGGCCUCCUACUACUGGCUCACAUCCUCGUGGCAGGCUUCGAGCCCUUCCAGAAUGCUCCAGACGAGAUUCGAGAUGAGGCAGAACGGACAACUUCCUGGGUUGAUUAUAAGACACUGCCCUCUUUAGAGAUCGCCAUCGUCACAGAGAGCAAGCAUUUCCUAAGCUCAGCCACUUGCCAAAAAGUGGUCAAUGCCAUUUACGAGGGACGCAUUGUUUAUACUCCUUCGACAUUCUGGGACAUCAUUCCUGAUCACUACAAGCUGAAGCCUAUUUCCAUUUACGACCCUCGCGAGUCACCCCUCCUUAACCAGUAUCGUCUAAUCGUCCCUCGUACCCGAAAUGUCCUCGAGUCUAUUCAGUUCGCCGUGUUACUCGCCCUCUAUGUCGCCGUCAUGGUUCUAAGGAGGAAGAACCGCUAUGGGCCAACUGAAGCUGCUUUUUCUAUCUUCGCUUUUGGAUGGGGAUUGGAUCAGUUUGCCACUAUCUUGGCACAUGGAUGGAACGUAUAUACCCAAAACCUCUGGUCAUUCCUCGAUGUGGCUUUUGUCUUUAUUUAUUGGGCAUAUCUCAUCCUGCGGUUCCUUGGUUGGAAACUGGGCGAUGCCAACAUGGACGAGCAGGCAUUUGAUGUGUUGGCGCUCGCAGCUCCCGUAUUGGUUCCGCGCCUGGCCUUUAAUUUGCUUAGUGACAACCUGGUGUUUUUGUCUCUAAGGUCAAUGAUGGCAGAUUUCUUCUUCCUAACAGCCCUCUCUGCCUGGUGCUUCUUGGGAUUUUUGCUAUCGCUUCUUUGGCUUGGUGAAGGAGCACACCCUAUUCUGACAAUAUCGAAAUGGAUGAUCUACAUCUGGUUUGGACUAGAUGGCACAGGUAUACAUCGAUCGACCGAGUUUCACUGGCUACUGGGACCUUCUGUUAUGGUUGCAUUCGCUUUCCUAGGAAAUACGCUCUUCCUUACUAUUUUGGUCUCUAUGCUGUCCAACACCUUCAGUACUAUUUCGACCAAUGCUAUAGCAGAAACCAGCUUCCGACGAGCGGUCCUUACUCUUGAAGGCGUCAAAGCCGACGCUGUAUUUGCGUAUCAGCCGCCCUUCAACAUCCUCGCUGUUUUCCUAUUUAUACCUCUUAAGUUCGUCGUGAGCCCGCGCUGGUUCCACAAGAUCCAUGUUACGGCUGUCAAGAUCUUGAACUUGCCUCUGCUCCUGAUCAUCGCUGUUGCCGAACGUCGGAUACUUUGGCCUUCUCGAUCGAUCGAAGAUCCUAGCGAGAUCAAAGCUCCGCCGCCUACCAAGAGCCAAUUCUGGAAGAAAUGGCGAUUGACGGUCCACCGAGAUCUUCGCGCUGUGUUCCAAGUCCCGCCACCUGACACUGUACACGAUGAUAUUGCAGUCGACGAUGACCUUACUCACCAUCUCAUCCGUCGCCAGUUCACACGUGGAGCCACGAAUGAGAUAGAACCACGAAGUAUGGAACCUCAAAGCCGUCCUGAUCCUGGAGGCCGACGCCCAUCGAGACGAGACUCCAUGUUUCCCGGCAUUCCGCCACAGAAACUGCGCGGAUCGUUCUCUGAAAAUGAUAUGUUUGAGGGAACAUCGGAUAGAAUAGCCAAGAUGGAGAAGUCGAUACGUCGCAUGGAAGCUAUGUUAUCGCGCUUAGUUCCGUCCGUGGAAGACGCCAUCAGUGACGAGGAGCUGGAAGAGAGUGGCACACUUAGAGGGGAAAACACUGCCGAGUCAUCGUUUAGGGGCGGGGAAGAUCAAGAUUCAUAG